AAAUUCAUGAGACGUUGGAUUGCAUGGAUUGACUCGGAGAAUGUUGAGUUCGUUUAACGGCUUCAAUUGUAUCAAGGUCUAGGCUGGUUGAAACAAUGCCGACUUUUGUUCUCCUUAAAAUUCUAUUUCUAACUGUGCGAACAUAGGCUUAAGAUUCAUAACACAGGCUUAAGAUGAGCUCUUAAGGUGAACUGAUAUGAUAUUCUGCCUAUUAUUCUUACUCUGGAAUUCCUAUGUUUCACCUGAAUUCUAUUUACACUUGUGAAUCCCAACUAGAGAGCUCCUUAAAAUUUUAUUUCCCGACCUAUUUGGAAAGAGCUACUCUAAAGCCUAUUCCAUUAGUCACUUUUCAGUCGAAAGCCAGUAAGUUUCAUAGAUCACUUUUCUCAGGGUGCUCGUAGAUCAGGGAAUAAAAAAAAACACUUCUCAUUCAGAAGCGGGAAAGGACAGAUGAAUUAAGCGGUCAUCGAGAUCUUUAUAGAAAAUAAAAGCAUUUCCAAAAAUUCCUUUGGAAAUGCCGAUGAGCGAGGAGGUAGGGGAUUUUUAACAAGAGUAUUUUUUUAAACUGUCAUCAUCAUGUAACGUUUACUCGUAAUAAGUUUUUUAUUUUUAUUUUUAUCAAAGUGGGCAUGUACCCCCAAAGCAAAGAGUGAGUGCGUAUAAAAGAACAAUCCUAUAUAUGCCAUCAGACUCCCCACCACAAACCUUCUUCCUUCCUGAAAAAGAUGCUUUUUUUGUAUAUAUCCCACUGUGACCAAGUCCUACAUUCCAUUCCCUGAGUAGAUUUCUCAUUCUCUCCACUUCCUAUUAUAGCUGGGCACAAGGAGUUACAAUAUUGAGGCACUAGGAUUGGAAUGAAAUGAAGAAUUAGUUCCAGGAGAGCAAAAACCAGGCCAAUCCGUUGUAGUUGAGCUUCACUCAAGUUCUUAGUGUGCACAACCAGCCAACAAUGCUAAUCACAUUUGCUAGCAGUAUGAUUUUUAUGGAGAAGAGGUCAGUAAUCCAGGUUAUUCCAGAAAGUGUGCGCAAACUUUGGAAUGAGUGGGAGCUCCGCGUGAUGGUUCUACUCAGCGUCUCCCUGCAGAUUGUCCUCAUCCUCUUCAGCAAGCGACGAAAGUAUACAACCACGCCUUGGAUCAGAAUCCUGAUUUGGUCGGCAUACCUGUCAGCAGAUUGGGUGGCAACGGUAUCCCUGGGUACCCUCUCCAGCAGCCAAGGAGAUUCGGAUGGUAAAUUUCUGGAUCCGAACUACACCCUCAUGGCAUUUUGGGCACCAUUUCUUCUCCUACACCUUGGUGGCCCGGAUACCAUCACUGCUUACUCCUUGGAAGACAAUGAGUUGUGGUUAAGGCACUUGCUUGGACUCGUUGUUCAAGUUGGAGUGGCUUUUUAUGUGUUUCUGAGGUCAUGGGCAGGAACUCGACUCACAUUUCUGUCCAUUCCAAUGUUUGUUGCUGGAAUUAUCAAGUAUGGAGAGAGGACUUGGGUUCUCAUGUCUGCAAGCAGCAAUCACUUGAGAGAGUCUUUGCUUCCAUCUCCCGAUCCUGGACCGGAUUAUGUUGAAAUCAUGAGAGGAGAUACAGCGAUUGUGUUUCACAAAGAUAAGGGCGACAUUACUAGUCCUGAUGGAAAAUAUAUUGAUGAUGCUUACUCCUUAUUUGAUAAAGCUUACUCCUUAUUCAAGAACCAAUUCCGGCAUCUAUAUGCAGACCUCAUCCUCAGCUUUAGUGACAGAAAAAACAGUGAGCCCAUCAUCAGGCACCUGUCACCCGAAGAGGCCUUCCAAGUGGUAGAGAUGGAGAUCAGUUUUAUGUAUGAUGUGCUCUACACCAAGGCAACUGUGGUUUAUUCUCUCCUAGGCAUUCUUCUCCGCACUGCCAGCUUCUUCUCCACUAUUUCUACCUUAGUGAUCUUCUGCUUCUUCAUCGAUAAGCAUGAGUUCUCAAACAUUGACAUCAACAUUACUUACUUAUUACUCUUAGGAGCUAUUUUUCUAGAGAUUUAUGCUAUCAUUAUGCUGAUUUUGUCUGACUGGAGGAUCGUCUGGUUGAGCAGUAAGAAGAACUCCCUUACUGAUUCCAUUUGCCGGGCCAUCACCCCUUUUCGAUCAGUUUUAACCAGUGACAAGAGAUGGCCUGGACGCAUGGCACAGAACAACUUAAUUAAUUCUUGCCUCAGAGACAACACUAAGUUCAAUCAGGUUCCCAGGUUCUUUGACAUGAACAGAUUCUUAGAGAGGUACUGGUACAUGAAGUGGGAGAAGGUGGAUGACAUGAAGGAACCCAUCUUCAGCUUGGUCCUACAGAUGACAAAUCAUGCCAAGGAUCUCAGGUCACUACUAAAACACAGAGGUGAUUAUGUGAUUACGAAAUGGGGGUUUAUUGAGACACUUGGUUGGAGUGUAGUUGAUGUAGAAUUUGAUCACAGCAUCCUCCUUUGGCAUAUCGCAACAGAUCUCUGUAGCUAUUCUGAUGAGGACCCCAAUCCUAAAGCAAGAUGCAAAAUAAGCAAAUGCUUAUCCGAGUAUAUGUUGUAUCUGCUAGUCAUGUGUCCAUUUAUGCUGCCUAAGGGGAUAGGGGAGUUUAGGUUCCGAGACACCUGUGCAGAGGCCUAAAGAUUUUUCAACAAAAAAGCGAGUUUAUAUCUACCAAAAAUGAAGCUUGCAAAUUGUUGCUUCAAGUUAACACGAAAUAUGAGCCCAGAGAAGUGAAAGGAGAUAAAAGCAAGUCAGUGUUAUUCGAGGCAUGUAGGCUUGCCAAAAUGUUGGAAUCUCUGGAAAUGGGGGCUCGACAGAAAUGGGAGAUGGUAAGUGACGUGUGGGUGGAGAUGUUGUGCCAUGCUGCCACUCACUGUGGGUGGAUUCAACACGGUCAGCAACUUAGGCGGGGCGGGGAGUUGCUCACUCGUGUGAGCCUACUCAUGGCACACCUCGGUUUCAGUGAGCAAUUCCAAAUAGCGGAAGGUGAAACAGGCUUCGCUCGCAGUUUCACUGAAGAAUUCAGUAUGAGGGGCUGGAACAAUUCCGGCCGUUACUUCUAUAAUUUAGAUUCUGGGGUUACAGGACAGAUACGUAUUUAACUGGACGUAUGUAAUUUAAACACCUUAUUUCUUACAUGUAUUUUCGAUGUAGGAUGGGAUCUAAGAAGGGUAGAGAAAUGCUCACAAUAAGAACAUACUAUGGAGGCCCAAUUCUACAGCCCACUCUCCCUUAGGCCUUAUGUUCCCUCAUACAUUGUUGUAGGCCCAAUCACUGAAUUGGAAAUUUAAUGCCCCAUUUUUUUUC